GGCAGAGAAUGGUUGGGCAUUUUAACAGAAGCUGUGUAGUUGGAGCUGCGGCGAUCGUUGCUUUUGGUUUGAAUCUUCUGUGCUCCAAUAACGAUAAUGGUUACAGAAUGCUUGCGCCGUAUUCUUAUAAAGUCAGCCCCAUUCCUUUGUCCCACAUAUCUAAGGAAGCUUCUGGUGAUGUUUGUGAUGGGUCAAAGCCAGGUGAUUGUUUUGGAAGAGAUACCAUUGCAAAUGCAGUUGCUAAAGUUGUGCCUGCGGUUGUUCAUAUUUCAACUCCAGUAGAUGGCCAUGCAUUUACAGUGGGACGAGUAUGCUCAGGAAUAAUCAUCAACAAGGGUGGUACUAUCUUGACAUGUGCUCAUAUGUUUGAUCUUCAACGCUACUGGAGGUCCUAUGGGAAGGUUAACGUCACUUUGUCAGAUGGAAGAAGUUAUGAGGGGACAGUGCUAAAUGUUGACCGGCCUUCAGAUAUUGCCAUUGUGAAGAUAAUUUCUGAAACUGCUCUACCAGAAGCCAAAAUUGGUUCUUCGAUUGGACUUUCUCCUGGGGAUUGGGUAAUAGCCAUUGGCUGUCCAUUUAAUCUUAAGAAUACUGUCACUGCUGGUAUUGUAAGUCGCGUUGGCCGCAAAAGUAGUGAAUUGGGGUUUAGUGGAGUCCCGAGAGAGUACUUACAAACAAAUUGUGCAUGUACUCCGGAAAAUUCUGGAGGACCCCUUGUCAACAUGGACGGAGAAGUUGUUGGCAUGAACAUCACACAUGUGAGGGAUGAUGAUGAGUUGAGCUUUACUUUGCCAAUUGAAUUCGUUUGUAAAAUAAUAGAGCAUUUCAAGAAAAGUAGGAGAGGAGUACAGCCUUGGCUUGGGCUACAGAUGCUUGAUCUUGAUGAGAUAUUUAUUGCACAGCUUAAAAAACAAGAUGCUUCAUUUCCUAACGUCAGUAAAGGAAUUCUUGUACCAAUGGUAACUCCUGCGUCCCCUGGUGAUCGUGCGGGGUUUCAUCCUGAUGAUGUUGUCAUCGAAUUUGAUGGAAAGCCGGUUGAAAGCGUGGACGAGGUAAUUGAAAUAUUGGGGGACAAAAUUGGGAUGCCGAUGAUGGUACUAGUUAAAAGAUCAUGUGAUGAAUUGGUCACUCUAACUGUGAUUCCGGGGGAACGUAACCUUGAUGUGUAAAAAAGGCUGUGGACACACGCAUGCUAAGGUGGUGAGCUUUCUUCUGUGUUUCGGUUGAUGAUAGUAAGAUAUUA